CAAGUGUAGGAUUAACCUUGCAAAUUAAUCCCAAGGAAACAUUAACCAACUUAUUGAUAAAAAAAACUUGUCGUUUCUGCCACUAGUUUGCAUUUGAUUCUUAAUAUAUUAUUUCCUUAAACAAAAGUAUUCGGUCCCAUCAAAGACCACUUGCAUCGACGACUUUCAACUUUAACAAGUCAAUACUCGAUGAACUUGCCAGGAAGCUACUACCAAUUUUCCCCAAAUCAACAUAGAUUCCAAAGUUGAUCAACAUCCAAUUAUUAAAGAUCUCAAUCAUCUCCUCCCUAAACCCACUCAGUAACAACAAUCCUCAAUCCCAACAAUGGCAGAUGCAGCUGUAGAAUUCCUGUUAGGCAAUCUCAAACAACUUCUGGUCUACAACGCCCACUUAAUCUCAAGUGUCAAAGACCAAGUGGACUCUCUAUGCAACGACCUCCGUCUACUGGCAGCUUUCGUGAAAGAAACCACGGAGAGCCGGAACAAACACGCGGUUGUGAAAGAACUUGUUCGACGGAUCCGAAUCGAAGUGUACAAAGCUGAAGACAUUGUGGAUAUGUACGUGUUCCACGCAUCUGUUCAAAAAUCACGAACCCAUUUCGUGAAAGCGCUUCAUAUUCCAGAUUACUCCAUGAAAUUACGAAGUGUAGGGAGAGAAAUCCAGGAUAUACGAAGCCGUGUCAAGGAGAUCCAGGAUAAUAAACUGUUUGCAAACGAGGUGUUCCACAAGACAGAAACUUUUAUCAGGUGUCCUCCGUCUGUGGAGGAGGAGAACGUUGUGGGUUUCGAUAAAGAAGCCGAAAAGGUUGUCGGGUGGCUCAAGGCGGCUACAGAUGAGCUGGAGGUGAUAUCCGUGGUAGGCAUGGGCGGGUUAGGAAAAACCACUCUUGUUAAGAAAGUGUACAAUGAUUCAUCCGUACAAUACGAGUUUUUCAUCCGUUCGUGGGUUUAUGUUUCACAAGUUUAUAGCACACGUGAGGUGUUUCUUAAAAUUUUGUACGAUGUUACAAGAGAAAAUAAAGAUAUGUCACAGUGGAGUGUUGAGACAAUAGCUGAUGAACUUAGAACAAGAUUGAAAGACGGGAAGUAUCUAAUUGUUUUAGAUGAUAUCUGGACUAAAAAGGCAUGGGAUGAUUUGAGAAUUGUGUUCCCCAAUAACAGAAAUGGUAGUCGAAUCUUGAUAACGAGUCGAAACAAAGAUGUGGCAGUACACGCGAACACGAGUCUUGAUCCUUAUCAGCUUCGGUUUCUUACAGAUGAUGAAAGUUGGGAGCUUUUGGAGAAGAAAGUGUUCCCAAAAGGAACACGUUGCUCGAGGGAAUUGGAGGAUUUAGGGAAGCAAAUCGCAAGAAAAUGUUACGGGUUGCCUCUCGCAAUUGUGGUGAUUGCGGGGAUUUUGAAGAAGAAAGAUAAAGCGCGUAGUUCAUGGGAGAAAGUUGAGCAGAAGGUGAAUACUUAUGUAGCUAUGGAGCCGGAGCAAUGUAUGGAGGUGUUAGCAUUAAGUUAUAAUCAUUUACCUUAUGAUUUGAAAGCUUGUUUUCUAUAUUUUGGUGUUUUUCCAGAAGAUUUUGAGAUACCGGUAUGGAAAUUGAUCCAUAUUUGGGUUGCUGAGGGGUUUAUUCAGCGAACUGGAGACGCAAGUGCAGAAGAAAUGGCGGAAGAGAACUUGCAGGAUCUUGUGGAUCGAAACUUGAUAUUGGUUGAAAAGAGAAGGGCUAAUGGUGGGAUUAAAACAUGUCGGAUUCAUGAUAUGUUGCAUGAUAUGUGUGUUAAACAAGCCGAAGAAGAGAACUUUUUUAAAGAAAUCAAAGGUUUGGAACCAUCAAUGAUUAAAUUGGUUGAUCCAAAUGUCUUUCGUCGUGUUUCUGUUCAUUCUCGGGUCUCGGAUUAUGUUUCUACCAAGCCUGAUUCUUCACACGUUCGGUCUUUCUUGUGUUAUGGUAAGGAAGAAACAGUUUUGCGUUCCGACCUCAUAACAUACUUCCCAGGCUCGUAUAGUUUGCUUAGAGUUUUGGAUGUUCUCCCUAUUAGUUUCUCUCGAUUCCCAAGCAUCCAACUCGUUCAUCUAAGGUACAUUGCGUUGCUAGGGACGUUUGAAGUUCUUCCAGCAGCCAUCUCGAAUCUUUGGAACCUACAAACGCUAAUAGUCGAGACAAACUUUCGUAAAAUUGAGGUUAAAGCGGAUCUAUGGAAGUUGUUACAGUUAAGGCAUGUUUACACAAGUGCGGCUAGUGUUUUGCCGACCCCGUCUUCUAACUCAAGAAAGGGUGGUAAAGAUCCUUUGGUUAACGAAAACCUUAAAACCAUGUCUAAAGUUUCACCGAAUAGUUGUACCGAUGUAAUUUUAGCUCGAACACCAAAUCUACAAAAGCUCGGUAUUCGUGGGAACUUGUCAUUGCUUUUGGAGGAGAAAAAAGGUAUUUGUAAGUUCGAUAAUAUUGCAAAAUUAAGUCAUCUCGAGAAGUUGAAAUUGUUGAACGACACAUACCCGAUUUCACCAUUGGAUGGUAAGUUGCGUGCUCUUCCUGAUUGGUAUAAGUUCCCACCGAAGCUAAAGAAACUUACCUUGUCCGACACGAUGCUCGAAUGGGAGCAAAUGUCGGUUCUUGGAAAGCUUCUAGCGCUCGAGGUUCUUAAACUUGGGGACAAUGCAUUUGUGGGGGAACGAUGGGUGACACCCGAUGGUGGUUUUGUUCAGUUGAGAGUUCUUCAAAUUGGGAAGACGGAUUUGGUGCAUUGGGAGGCUGUUGGCUAUCAAUUUCCUCAACUUCAACGGAUUAGUUUGAAGCAUUGUGAACAGCUUGCCGCUAUCCCUUCGGGUCUAGGGGACAUAUCGACUCUUAAGUUUAUGGAAUUGUCUUGGACUUCUCGUUUAGCAAUUUCUUCAGCGCGUUCGAUUCAAAAGAAUUUUAAGCUUGUUGUUUUCCCUCCUGAUCAAGACACUCAAACUUGAGGUCUAAUUGAUGUUACUGGUAAGAGGUGUAACUUAAGCUUGUUGUUUUCCCUCAAGAAGUAAGCUUGUUUUAUUAAUUUUAACUUCUUGUUAGUUUGUUAGUCAUGCUGUACUUUAUUCAUUUGCAAAACAACAAAAAAUACAGCAUGUAUUUUUGGGUCAGCGCAACGUGACCCAUUUCUUUUAUUCAUAUAGAGAUUGAGACCAGA